AUGCCCAAGCGACCUUCGGUCGAGUCAUCUGGGCGCACAUCGACACAACAGACGCCCGCUGACGGUAACCCCUCGAGGCCUCUGACCAAUGGUGACAGGACGCCCAGAGCAUCGCAUGACACCGCUGCUGCUAACUUUCAGAACUCCACUGGCUCGUUAUUAACGCCCUCGCUGACGACCACGCCCGACCCGCUUCAACAAAGAAUGCACUCCCAGCAGCGCUUUUCUGCCCCCUCCGCUUCCGCGUCUGCCCCCCCACCUCCGUCCUCUCAGCUCAAACACAGGCAUACCCUCGAGGUCCCCAAGGUGCAACCAGGCAGAGGUUCGAGGGACGGCACGGGAGACGCAUACGCUAGUGGCCGCUUCUCUCCCACCGUGGCAGGAUCGACUGGCCGUAGAGCGUCACUGAGCCUGGGUCGUAGGAACACCCGCUCAAUCCACUCAGAAGUGCCCCGGGACGAGGUUCCUCUGGACGAGGAUGCUGCAAGGUGGGCCGAGGCAUACAGACAAAAGCGGGCCAAGAAGAAGAAGCGGGAAGAGCUGGACGACGACAAGGUCUUGGUCGGUACCAAGGUGGAUGAGACUCACGCAAACUGGACCACGGCAUAUAACAUGUUGACGGGCAUCCGUGUAUCCGUGUCGAGGACAAACGCCAAACUGGACCGGCCCCUGACCGACGCAGAUUUCGUGGCCAAGCAGAAGUCUACCUUCGAUAUCACCGGGAACGAGCUGGUACCCUCUGCCAAGUACGACUUCAAGUUUAAGGACUACGCCCCUUGGGUCUUCCGCCAUCUCCGUGCUCUUUUCAAGCUGGACCCCGCCGACUACCUCAUGUCCUUGACUGGCAAAUAUAUCCUUUCCGAACUAGGGUCGCCGGGAAAGAGCGGCAGUUUCUUCUACUUCUCACGCGACUACAAGUACAUCAUCAAAACCAUCCACCACGCCGAGCACAAAUUCAUGCGUAAGAUUCUGAAAGAGUACUACAACCACGUUACCGACAACCCCAACACCCUUCUGUCGCAGUUCUAUGGCCUGCACCGCGUCAAGAUGCCGUGGUCUGGCAAGAAGAUUCACUUUGUCGUCAUGAACAACCUGUUCCCCCCGCACCGGGACAUUCACCAGACUUUCGACCUGAAGGGUUCGACUGUUGGCCGAGAUUACCGGGAGGAAGAUCUGGAGAAGAACCCCCGUGCAACACUGAAAGACCUGAACUGGCUGCGCAGGAAACGACACCUGGAGAUGGGGCUGCACAAGAAGCAAUUGUUCCUCCAGCAACUCCAGCGUGACGUGCGGUUGAUGCAGAAACUGCAAAUUAUGGAUUACUCUCUGCUCAUUGGUGUUCAUGAUGUGAAGAAGGGCAACGAGGAGAAUCUUCGAGGCAAGACGUUGCAGGUGUUCAACCCAGGCGGCGCUGACAACUCGGACGAUAUCGAUCCUCACCAGAUCCUCAUGAGGACUCCCUCGAAACUCGAGAGUGCUCGCAAGGCCAGGGAACUGAGGCAGAUGAUCAAGGCCGAGCGCCCGGUGCCAAUGGGUCAGAGCAGCUCAGCAAUGCCCGAGGAGCUGGAAGAAGGAUUCAACCGUGGAGGCGUGUUUUACAGUGAUGAUGGUGGUCUGAGAGCGACGCACGAGGACAAUUCCCCAGGUGAUGAAAUCUACUACCUGGGAGUCAUUGACUGCCUGACGCAUUACGGCAUGAUCAAGAAGAUAGAGCACUUCUGGAAAGGCCUUACCGCCGACCGCAGCCAGAUCUCAGCGCUGCCCCCGCAUGAGUACGGUGAACGCUUCAUUAAGUUCAUGGAAGGCGUUACCAUGUCGGCUGAAGAAGCCGAGCGUGACCAGUACGACCGCCAGGCCGCAGCAGAGGCUGCCGCCGCAAUGGCUGAGGAUGGUGAGAUGCAUAACCACGACGGCCCUCCUCACCCCACGUACCUACCUCCCGCGCCGCCAUCCCUGCGCAGCCCGAGGUCUCCGGAGCCGAAUCCAACCGUCGAGAAAGCCCUCAGGAAAGCCACGAAGAAAGAGAAGAACGUCGCGAAGGAAGACCAAGUGCCGGAGCGCAUAAUCCGGGCGAUCGCACAAGACGCAGCCAGUGUCCACGGCAAGAGCAAUUCCCACGCCGUUCUUCCGGUCGUCGAGGAAACGGCUGAAACCCGAAGUGUCGUCAGCGGUAUGAGUUCGAGAAGUCGAGAUGAUAGCGCCAGCGUGCAUCGACCAUACACUCCGAGCCCAAUGGAAACGCCAGGUACUAUGAGGUCUAAUGGAUUCACCGAUUUGGGCCCGAACGGUCUUGGAGGGAGGGGUCCGCCUACGCCACCCAAGAGCAGCUACUUGAUUCCUCAUUUCGACGGGAAACUAGGCCGAGCCGAUAGUAGCGGAAGCAUGGGGAAAGAUUUGAGAAGAGUGAUCAGCAGAGACAGUCUGGACAAGGACUUGCCGCCGUUGCCUCAAGCCAAUUAG